UUUCUAGGGACAGUCACAUCACUUUGCUCAGCACAUUACAGUGUUUCCAUUAUUGUGAAGUGUUUUAAGCUAGUCCACUGGAUUUCAAGAGUCUCAUUUGCAGCCGACCCCCCAAAAAUGGUUACAAAACUUAGACAAGCCAAUAUGCUCUUUCUUCUUUAUCUGCCUGGAUCCUUGUGUUUCUCCCUCUUCCCUCAGACUGUCUUUGUGACCAUAGUCCCCCGUUUCAUACAGCACCAUGUCCAAAGCACCCCUCCUGCUGCUCUGGGCUGCCCUGGUACUGAGCAGCCAUGCACACAGAGCCAUGCUGAGAAAGGAAGACACGUGGAAGCCGCUGAGCAACCCCAGAAACAGAGAACUGUUUUUCAGAAGCCUCCAGGCCUAUUUUAAGGGCCGAGGACUCGAUCUUGGGAGCCUUCCAAAUGCCUUCUCCAUGGAGGAGGACCCCAGACCUCUCCCUUUCCAGGCGGAGCGCAUCGCUUCUGCAUUUGCAGACUACGAAGAGCAGAAAAACUCCCUCCCUAGUUCCCACAAGGGCUGAAAGCCUCUGAGUCCAGGUGUCCCUGUGUUGAAGCUGCCGAAAAACUUUUCAGCAGAAAAAUUCAACUGUGGCUGAAGUCUUGUGUGUGUUUCCCUUCCAUGUUAGCCAAUUUCUAGCAAUUUUAUUCUACAUUUCCCGAUUAUACAUCGAAACAGUUGGGCUUUUGCAACACAUGAUACUGGCAUGCGUAUUUCCGGACUAUUUCCCCCUUUGUGACCAUAAUUAUCGAGUGGAAGAUUGCAUGUGCUUGAAGGAGUCACAAAAAGACAACAAAUGAAAUAAAACGAUAAUUUUCCAAAUCAGA